AUGCCCGAGACCCGGUCCGUGCGGUCCCACUCAAGGUCGCCCUCCAUCGAUGCCCUGAGCUUUGUGGUUGUUCCCGUUGAAGACGAUACCGAAGAGUACGUUUCCGACGCUUCGUCAUCGCUUUCAUACGCAGGAAGUGUCAAUGAGGGGUCUCGACCGUUCAGUUCCAUUGACUAUCUCACCAACUCGUUGCACAACACAUUACAGUCUAUCGAGCUAGAUCGGGCGAUGGUGCUCCAGGCACAGUUUAGCGGACGGCUAAGGGCCAAAAGCAUGGAGUUGCACGAAUUGAUGACAGAGGUGGAGGAAAAGUUGCGCGAAGUGAUCCAAUUGUGCACCGAAACGAAACCGAUCGUCAGGCAGACCAAACAGGACUUGCAAUGGGCGGACAAACACGUCACGAAGUUGAUGAAGGUGGCGAGCAAGGAAUGGCCCAUUGAGUAUAACAAGGGCAAGGAUAAGGUGAUUAAUCGCGUGAUUGACGAAGACGGUCCUUAG